ACUGUUUGUUGCUACCCUCUCCUGCUGCGUGUUUUUUCUUCCUUCACCAGUUUUCCGUGAUGACCAAAAGAAUAAGCCGGGGUUUACACUGUUUGUUGCCAGAGACAUUGAGAGGGAAUGUCAAAAUACCUCAACUAACGUCGUUCAUGGAAUCAGGCAAGCAAUUGGAAUAAAGACGAAGCUAAACAAAUUUAUUCGUCAUAAGUAGACUUUCAGAGCAAUUUAAAGUAAAAUAGCAUACAUGCCACUGGCUGGAUAGCUCAAGUGCUUUAAAAAUGUCCCUCUUGAGUCGUGGAAUCCAUGGCAAUUUAAGGAGGACAAUGACCGUUUAUUAAUACAGGGCAACUCGAAUAUACUACAGCCUACCUAAUUUCUACACAAAGUAACACGUGUGAAAUCGGUUUUUAUAGCAUCACCCUUGCGCGUUCUUAGGUGGUUCCUCCUUCUCCGCUAUCUCAUUCAGUAAAAGUCAGCUGCGCUCAAGAGACGUCGCCGAGGUGGGAGAACAUUUCAGUACUUUCUUAAAAGGACAGCGCCGGAGCCUCAGAACUGUUAUGCAGAUCACCAGAACGAGAAUAAACUAGUUUCUCAGCAAGUCACUCGCUUAUGAAACAUAUGCCUUUCGUUUGACAACAGUUACGUGCAGUGUAUUUGAAAUAUUGUAUUGCCAUUCACGGCAUAAAUGGACAUAUUAGAGCACUUGACCAUGGAUAACAUUUUAAAAAACUUAUCUUCGCUGUCUGGAGAUUCAUCUUUCUUUUUUAACUUUACCGACGAUGUGAUACACGACGACAGGGAAACUAUAGAUUUUAUUAUUAGAUAUGUGAUACCCUCCGUGUACAUUCUCAUCAUAACGGUCGGAUUGCUGGGGAAUAUCACUUUGGUGAAAAUAUUCAUCACUAAUAGUGCGAUGAGGAGCGUUCCAAAUAUUUUCAUUUCCAGUUUGGCUGCCGGAGAUCUUUUACUUUUGGUUACUUGUGUUCCAAUAGACGCCUUCAGGUACUUCUUCGAGGAAUGGAUCUUCGGCACCGUGGCGUGUAAGCUUAUUCCUGUGAUUCAGCUGACUUCUGUCGGAGUAUCAGUGUUCACACUAACCGCGCUAAGCGCUGACAGGUAUAAAGCAAUUGUGAACCCCAUGGACAUCCAGACUUCGGGCGCUGUUUUCUGGACCUGCUUGAAGGCCGUGUCCAUAUGGCUAAUCUCCGUGCUGCUGGCUGUCCCGGAGGCUGUCUUCUCCCAGGUAGUCCACAUCCAGGACAAGAAUGUCACCUUUACCGCCUGCGUGCCCUAUCCGCUCUCCAACGAGAUGCACCCCAAGAUCCACUCCGUCAUGAUAUUCCUGGUCUACUUCCUCAUCCCCCUGGGCAUCAUAUCCAUCUACUACUAUCACAUCGCCCGGACGCUGAUCAAAAGUGCCCGCGACAUGCCGGGGGAAAUCAGCGAGCACACAAAAAGACAGAUGGAAACGAGGAAACGGCUGGCGAAGAUCGUCCUGGUUUUCGUGGGCCUCUUCGCGCUGUGCUGGUUCCCCAACCACGUGCUCUACCUGUACCGUUCCUUCAACUACCGCCGGAUCGACUCCUCCCUCUCGCACCUCAUCAUCACCCUCCUGGCCCGCGUGCUCAGCUUCUCCAGCUCCUGCGUCAACCCCUUCGCCCUGUACCUGCUGAGCGAGAGCUUCCGCCGGCACUUCAACAGCCACCUGCACUGCAGGCGCAAGCGCUACCCGGAGCGCACCAUGAGCUACGUGCAGAGCACGUCGGCCGUCCGCAUGACCUCCAUCAAGAAGAACGCAACCCCCCCCGCCGCCAACGGACACAAGCAGGAGGUCUCGCUCUAGGCGGUUUCGCCGACGGACCGGGCCGAGAUUCCGAGAGCGAGGAUACGCUGAGGCCGUAGCGAGCGUCACCCUCCCGUUUGCUUUGGUAUUUCAACCAGUGCAGAGCGGAGUGUGCGCAUCGAUGGAGAUGACUACUUUCUGGACAGUGGCUGCUGAAAUUUCGUGUUUGUCAAAAAAAUUAACGACUCGGCUUAGCCUAGUUAAAUGUAAAUUUCGAGUUACCACAUGUCAAAUCAAUACAAAGCACAUCGAUAUGUUCCCCGGUGCAAAUUGCUGCUUGUUUCCAGCUUGGUGUUAAGCUGUUCCAGCUGGGUUUGAAGAUCGUCAUGCUGGCAACAAGAUGGUUGAGAUAGCAACCAUACUAGCAAGACCAUGACCAGCUUGGUACAGAAAACAGACCAUCAUCAAAUUCCAGAUGGUACUCAGUAGGAGCAGAAGCUGGUUCCAGCUAGAAUCCAUCUUAGGCUGGUAGCUGGAAUUUCCACCAGGAUUAUACAGACAUCAUAUUGCUAACAUCAAGAGAGGAGGUAAAUACAACAUUUUCUUUGGACACUUCCCAAAGCUUUCAGUCAGUACCUUUUUUGAAUGUCUGAGUCAGUCAGGUUUACAUAGCCAUCUUCGCCAGCUUAGAAAUUGGUGGAAGACUAUAAUUACUCAAGGAAUCAUAGCAAUGACAAAGCUAUUGAGUAUCUUGCUCCUUGACAUAAGCCAUUCUGAAAGUCCAUAUGAACAUCCAUUUCCAGGAAAUUUAUGUCACUGUUUUGAGCUUGUAAGCAUACAAAUGCUGCAAAUGUAUUUAUAUAUAUUCGGAAUGACGAGAAAAGGUUAACAAUAAUAGCAGGAUGUGUUUGCCAGUGAUGAUAUUUGCUUACAAAUUUUUGAAGUGAAAUGUAUCUGUUAAAGGAACAUCAAUGAAUUAGAAUAAAUAGUAUUCACUGAAUGUCAACCAAUCUUAAAAAGGCCUUUAAUUUUAUGAGCUGUUUUAUGUGUUUCUAGUUAAAAUGUCACAUUACAGCCUUUAUAUUCUUAAUAAUUAAUUUAUCAUGCACAUAAUAUAUGGAUGUAUAAAAGAGGUUCCACAGCUGCAGAAGAAGCAGUCACAUUUUCAUUCAAAAUGAUUUUUCUCCUUCUUAAUAACCUGCGUAUGUAAUUAGAGGCCAGGGCCACAUCAUCAAGUGUUUAUGGGAUUCAAUUAUCUAAUUAUCCAAUUACAGUACUCUAGGGUGCAUCGAGUCAACGGCAUAGCAUAAUAGGAUGUACACAACGAGCAGUCCUUGGAUGUUUCUUGUGGACAACUAAGACUGAUGCUGUCUUUUGAGAAAUGUGCAUUUGCAGUCUCCUGGUACAUAUGUGCCAAAGCAAAAUGAAAGCAUAUCUAAUUUCCCUGUGUUAUCUUCUGUGACCUUUUCAAUUUAUGUGAGCCAUUUCAGCACUCCAUUACCAUCAGCACCUCAAACUGGACAGAUAAUUGACGGUAUGUUGUAUUAACAUUAUCAUGAAAGCAACAACUAUGAAAUUGCAAAAAAAAAAAAAAAAUUAUAGUACUUGUUGGUUCUGAGAGUUGGUUCUCAUCACAGUGAUUUACACUUAUUUGUUUUAGUCUGAGAUGUACAUUCAUUGACACAAAAAGAGUAUAUAGUGGAUUUGCAUGCUUAUAUGCAUGUUGCUCAAAGUAAUUUUACUAGGGUACAAUCUAGAGUGAUCUAGGGUAUUUUACAAACAUUCACACAACAAACACAGUACACAAACAUGCAGGCACACGAAAAUGUCAAUAUUGUGUUUGAUACAAUUUACACAUGCACGCACGCACACGCACGUGUGCGCACGCACGUUUGCGCACCCACACACACGCACACACACACACAAACACCCACAUUCCUUGUUCAGUUUUUUUUUUUUUUGCAGUACUUGAAUGUGAAUGUCAUGUUUAUGUUUUAAGUACCCAGAGUUUGAAUCACAAUGCUCCAGCCUCUGCAUGUUUGUUAAGUUAAUGAUAUGUCUUUAUAGCAUACCUAUAGGGCACUGUGGAAUUAUAAAAUAUAUAUAUAU